UUUUUUUCACGUAUUGUGGCAAUGGACGUCGAAAUAGUCACUGACAAUCCCUAAAUGAAUACCUGUAAUGAGCGAAUCGGCUGGAGCUGGAAUCCUGAAACCGUGCUAAAAAAGGGCUAAAGUUUGAUAUCCGUACAAUGUCGCAGAUGAGUCGGACGCAAACGUUGGAUAGCCGGAAGGUUGGAUCACUCUGAUCAGCCCCGUGGACCAACCCCCACAGUUUGGACCAGAUCGGUGGAUGAGACUCUGUCGAAAGGCUCGUAAGAUGCCCGCCUGUGGGGCUACCUCCUAAACACGAGCGGUGUCUUUUCCCCACUGGCAGUCCGAGCGGAGCAGGUUGGCACGUCUUGACCCAGCGCGUUCGAGCGUCGGCAGCGCGUGCUUGGCGGACAAGUAUGCACAGCCGCGCUCGUCGUCGGGCGGCGGAGCGGAGCGUCCCCCGGGGGCCGGCGGGGUGCCCGGCAUGAGCGCCGCCUUGCUCUGGCUGGUGCUGCUGGGCGCCCUGCUUCCCCGCCCGGCCGGGACCAAGCCCUCGGACACCUGCAACCGGCACCGCCAGGUCCUGACGGCGCCCUGGGGCAUCAUCACCGACGGCAACGACAGCUACCGCAACGACUCCCACUGCGAGUGGCUCGUCCGAGCCGACGCGUCCCGGCCGUUCAUCACGCUGCGCUUCCACGAGAUGGAGACGGAGUGCGCCUACGACCACGUGUUUGUCUACGACGGCGACUCGUACGAGGCGCCGCUGCUGGGGACGUUCAGCGGCCGGACCCUGCCGGCCCCGGUGACGGCCAGCUCGGGAGCGAUGCUGGUGCUGCUGUACAGCGACACCAACUACGUGCUGAAGGGCUUCGUGGCUGAGUACUCGGCCUCUCCCUGCCCGGCCAACUGCAGCGGCCACGGCAGCUGCCUGCGGGGGGCCUGCGUGUGCGACCGGGCCUGGGCGGGGGCGGCCUGCGCCUCCCCGCUCUGCCCGGACGGCUGCCAGGCGGACCGGGGCCGGGGCAACUGCUCGGGGCCCUGUGGGGCCCGGGCCCGGUGCUGCCGCUGCGCCCCAGGCUUUGCGGGCCUCUCGUGCGGCCUGCCCGAGAACCCGGACGACGGGGCGGCGGGCUGGCACCUGCUGUCGCGGGGCCCGCCCUUCGGGGCCCGGGCGGGCCACGCGGGCGUCUACCUGCCCUUCACGGACCAGCUGUUUGCCUUUGGGGGCCGGGCCUUCGGCCGGGUGCUGGGCGACUUUCGGGUCUUCAACCUCAACGACAGCAGCUGGCACGACCUGUCGGACGCGUCCCCGCGGCCUGCACCCCGCUGGGGCCACGCCAUGGCCCCCUACGCGCACACGGUGGCGCUGCACGGCGGGGAGCUGGCGGACGGCUCCCUGUCGGCCGAGCUGUGGCUGUAUGACGUGGCCCGGCGCCGCUGGACCCUGGAGCCGCCCGCGGGGGCCCCGGCCCUGGCCCUGCACUCCCUCACGCCGGGGGACGGCAACCGGCUGUACGCCUUCGGGGGCCGGCGCGAGGGCGGGGCUUUCUCGGGCGACCUGUGGCGCGUGAACCCUCGGGAGGGCUCGCGCUGGGAGCGCCUGUCCCGGGCCGGGGCACCCCCGUCGGUGGGGCACGCGGCGGCCUUCCACGCCGAGUCCCGCACACUGCUGGUGCACGGUGGCGUGGUGGUGGACUACGCCCGCUUCAGCAAGCUGGGCGGGGCCCUGUGGGGCUUCCAGGUGGACGCGGGCACCUGGACCCGCUUCCGCUGGGCGCCCCAGGGCGGGGGCCGGCCCCCGACAGAGCGGGCCUUCCACGGGGCGGCCCUAGUGGGCGGUUACCUGCUGCUCUUUGGCGGCCACAUGCACCGCCACUCGCUCGAGGAGAAGUGCUUCGACGACGGCCUCUACCUCUUCCACCUGCGCUGCCGCAAGUGGGUGCCCUUCCACCUGGUCGCCGGAGACCUCCCCGGGGAGGCCUGGAGCGGGCGCUGCCCCGGGGUGUACUCGCACGUGAUGGCGCUGCGGCGGGGCCACACGCUGCUGGUGCUGGGCGGCUACCGGGGUCGCAUGACCUCGGACCUGUGGGCCUUCCUGCUGCCCACCACCGUCACCCACGCCUACUCCCACUCGGCCUCGGGGGCCUGCAUCCGGCACCGGUCGGACGUGGCCUGCAAGUCGAACCCCGCCUGUGCCUGGUGCGGAGGAUCCGGAGUCUGCCUCGACCGCCGCAAGAAAAAGGACUGCCGCUCGGGCCAGCUGAGCCAGGGCAGCUGCCCCGGUCUGUGCCCGACCCUGGGGGACUGCCAGGCCUGCAUGGUGUGGGGGGCUGGGGCCUGCGGCUGGUGCGUCCAGGCCGCCCUCUGCCACCCCAUCGCGGAGCCCCCGGCGGUGUGCCGACCCCCGCUGGAGGGGAGCUUCUCCCCGGAGCAGGGGGGCUUCUGGGGCCCCCACGGCCACAUUGUGAGUUCCCUGGCCGAGUGCCGCACCCUUGACUUCCGGCCGGGCCUGCUGCUCCUGCACCACCUCAGCCCCGCCAACCUGUCCCAGCCGGACCAGGUGGUGUACGUGAACGACACGGGCCAGCCGUUGGUGCUGUCCUCGGAGUACCAGGAGGAGCCGGCGGGGGAGCACGUGGCCCGGCUCUUGGGCUUCCUGCAUCCGCUGGGGGCGGCCGCCCCUCCGGGGGAGCCCCUGCGCCUCUUCCCAGCCCUGGGCGACGGGAGGGCCGCCCUCUGGCUCGGCCACCCUGUGCCCGCCGACGCCCCGCCCCCGGACGACGCCGAGCUGGUGGCCUCCCUGAGCACCCACACGUUCAACCGGACGGAGGCCCGGCGGCCGGACGGGCGGCCCCUGCUGCCCUCGGCCGCCCGCGAGCUGCGCUACCUGCUGGACCUGCGGCUGUACGUCCCGGCCAAGACGUGCUCUAAGCGCUGCGAGAAGAGCCUCGAGCUGCGCUGGAACGCCCUCUCUUCCCACCAGGUGAUUGGGCCGCGGCACCUGGAGCCGUUCCGCAACGGCACGGCGUGCGGCGGGAGGGCCACCUGCCUGGCGUGCCUGGGCGACGCCGGCUGCGGCUGGUGCCGGUCGGCCGGGGCCUGCGUGGCGCGGGGGGCCUCGGGGGGACCCUGUGCCCCCCGGGGGGAGCUGCUGGUGCUGGAGCCCGAGCAGUGCGCCACCUGCGCCGGCUUCAUCUACUGUCCCCAGUGCGCCCAGGAGCCGACCUGCGAGUGGGUGGUGGAGGGGGCCUACUGCUCCCGCAGGGGCAGGCACAGCUCGGCCGUCCGGCGCCCCGGCCUCUGCCCCACCCCGUGCCACCUGCGCCGGGGCUGUCUGUCCUGCCUGGGCGACCCCGGGCGCUGCGCCUGGUGCCGGCAGACCCGCUCCUGCUUCCUGUUCUCCACCUUCACCACUUCCUUUAUGUACGGCGGCUGCCGCGAGUGGGUGGACGAGGACCACGUCAGCUCCGGGGGAGCCAGCUUCCCGGGGGCGCAGUGCCCCAACUGCUCCCUGUUGGGGGAGUGCGAGGCCUGUCUGCAGAAGCUGGGCUGCGGCUGGUGCGGGAACGACUACAACCCCAAGAACGGCGUCUGCGUCGAGGGAGACUUUGCCGGACCCACCCACGGCGUCUGUGAGGAGCAGGUGGCCAAGCGGUUCCCGCGCCUGAGCGGCUCCCGGGAGGCGUCCUGGUCGUAUGCCAAGUGCCCCAACGUGAACGAGUGCAAGCUGAAGCUGGCCCACUGCCACCCGGACGCCCACUGCGUCGACACGGCCGAGAGCUACCGCUGCGUCUGCAACCGGGGCUUCAAGGGCGACGGCAACGUCUCCUGCGUCGAGACCUGCCCCGAGCACUGCGUCCAGGGCCGCUGCUCGGAGGCCCCCUCCUUCCGCUGCCUGUGCGAGCUGGGCUGGACGGGCCCCCGGUGCGAGGUGGACUGCGGCUGCAACAACCACAGCAGCUGCGACCGGGGCGUGGGCCUCUGCGACCGCUGCCACAACCUCACCCGGGGCCAGCACUGCCACCUGUGCCGGCCGGGCAGCUUUGGGAACGCCACCCUGCCUUUGGGCUGCCGGGAGUGCGUCUGCAAUGGCCACGGGGACGAGGCGGCCGGCACCUGCGACCCCCGCACGGGCGACUGCCACUGCCUGCACCAGACCCGGGGCAAGCACUGCGAGGCCUGCGCCCGGGGCUUCUUCGGGGACCCCAGGAACGGCGGCCGCUGCUUCCUGGACUGCAGUCCCAAGCGGGUGGUGCUCGUGGGGGCGGACGGGGGCGGCCUGGGCGUGCCCGGGGCCGCCGGGGGCGCCCACCACUGCCUCUGGAUCCUGACCACGCUGCCCGAGAACCGGACCACCCACGAGGGAACCCUCGCCCUGCACGAGCGGGGCCCCCCGCUGGAGCUGACCCUGCUGCCGGACCUGCGUGCCCCGUGCCCGGAGAACCACGUGUACGUCUAUUCCGGGGUGCCGCCCUUCGUGCUGGCCGGCCAGGACGGCGGGGACGGCAGCCUGCUGGGCGCCUUCUGUGGCUCCAACCUCACAGCCCCGGUCGGCCUGGUGUCCACCAGCGGGUGGCUGUCGGUGUACUUCCGCCGGGGCUGGCCUCCUCCGCAGGGCUUCAGCGCCACCUUCCGGCGCCUGGACUGCCCCGGCGCCUGCCCCGGCGUGCCCCGGCUCCAAUGUGCACCCGACUCCUCGGACUGCGCGUGUGAAAUGGGGGGCUCUGUGGGCGGCCGCUGCCAGCGACCCCCGUGUCCCGACGACUGCUCGCCACCCGCCGGAACCUGCGACAAGGGCUACGGGCUGUGCCGGUGCGAGGACCCCUGGACGGGUGCAAGCUGCGGCCGGCGUCCGUCCCCGGGUCAGCCCCGGUGGGCGCUGCUCUUCGACCUGGAGCGCUCCUUGGGGGCUGCCCAGGGUCUGCCCCGGGUGCAGCUGGGGCACUCCCUGCUGGCCCGGGAGCCCAGUCAGCUCUGGCUCUUCGGGGGCACGUGGCCGGGCGGCGCUCCCAGCGACGCCCUCCACGUCUACGACCUCGACUUCAACCGCUGGAAGGAGGUGAACGUGUCCCGGGAGGCCGACCGGGCUCCGACGCCGCGCUGGUUCCACGGGGCGGCCAUGCUGGGCACGGACAUGUAUGUCUUUGGCGGCCUCAACGCCACCGCGGUGCUCGGCGACUUCUGGAAGUUCACCACGGACGUGUACACCUGGAGCCGACUCACGACGACGCCGGACGUGCCCGCGCUGGCGGGGCUGACGCUGACUAGCGUGGAGCAGCGGCAGCUGGUGCUCAUCGGGGGCUUCUCGCCCGAGUACGGCUUCCAGGAGAAGACUCUGGCCUACGGCGUCGACGCCAUGGACUGGCGCGUCCUCAACACCACCGGCACCGUGCCCGUCGGCAUCUACGGACACACGAGCGACUACCACGGGCCAACGCAGAGCAUCUACGUCUUCGGGGGCGUGGUGUACUCGGUGGACCACACGCUGGUGUCGGACACGCUGCACGUGCUGCACAUGCCCAGCCGGCGCUGGUCGCGCCUGCCCCCCGACGAGCGCGCCAACCCUGCCUACACCCGGGUGUCGUCUCGUUACCUUCACGCCUCGGCCAUGACGGACGACUUCCUGCUCGUCCUGGGAGGGCGCAAUCGUUCCGGAGAAGCCAUCCUGGAGUCAUUUGCUUACGACCUGAGCUGCAAUCACUGGAUUCCACUGGAGGACUCCUACGUGCGGCCGGCCGGGGAGCCGCCCCCUCCCGUGGCGGGGGCGUCGGGCGCCUGGCUGCGGGGCCGGGCCUACCUGGCCGGGGGCGGGCGGCUGCAUCGCCUGGGGCUGCCCCGGGACCUGUGCGGCCUCUUCUCGCACUCCCGGCUGGGCUGCCUGCGCAGCGUGGGCUGCUCUUUCUGCUCGGCCCAGGACGGGGCCAACGUGAGCCACUGCUACUCCAGCGCCCGGCCCACGCCCCCCAGCUGCCUGCGGCACCGGGGCACCUUGGAGGUGGCGCCGGGCAAGCUGUGCGGGGCCGCCUGGCUGGCCAACCGCACCUGCGCCCAGUUCUCUUCCUGCGAGGACUGCCUCGCCUCCUGGCCCGGCCACGGGGCCACCCCGGCGUGCCGCUGGUGCACGGGGUGCCGCAAGGGUCGCUGCAUCCGGGUGGACGAGGGCUCGUGCGAGCGGCCCACGGACUGCGACGGACCCCGCCACCCGCUGGUGUCGGACCCCGCCCUGUGCCCCCUGCGCUCCUGCCUGGCCUCCGAGUGCGAGAAGUGCCGAGACCUGGGCUCCUGCAUGUGGACCCGCCAGGUGGUGCGCUCCAGCGAGCUGGGCCACAUCCUGAACGUGCGGCCCAUCUUCGACUGGACGUGCGUGGGGCGCACCCUGAAGGACGCCUCCAGCUUCCCCGUGGAGUCGAACCCGCCCCGGCCGUGUCCCAAGCGCUGCGGGCAGCACCGCUCUUGCGCCGACUGCCUGGCCAGCGCCGGAGGGGAGGGCGGCUGGCAGGAGUGCCGCUGGAGCGAGGCCCUGGCACAGUGCCUGACGCCGAGCUUCGUGGGGCUGCGGUGCGAGGGCGGGGCCUGCGGGGCGGUGCUGCGGGGGGGCCCCGAGGCGUGCGGGCGUCCCUGCCACGCCCGUCCCCAGGCGGCCCUGUGCCUGGAGGACCCCCGGUGCGGCUGGUGCGGCCUGCUGGGCCCCGGGGCCAACGGGGAGGGCCUCUGCAUGCGUGGAGGCAUGGGGGCCCCCACGGGGGGCGCCUGCAGCCCCGGAUCCGUCUUCCUCCAGGGGCGGCCCCUGCCCGCCAACGUGUCGCAGUGGCUGCGCACGGUGGGCAGCCGGGUGGCCUGGCACUACCUGGUGCGGCCCCGGGAAAACGAGUGCACCAACGGCCACCACAACUGCGACGGCGCCAGGGAGGACUGCGUCGACACGGACGACGGCUUCGAGUGCCGCUGCAGGCAGGGCUACGCCCUCGUCGGGAGCGGGGGCUGCCAGCCGGUCUGCCGGCAGGGCUGCGAGCACGGCCGGUGCGUGGAGCCGGACAAGUGCCGCUGCCACUUCGGCUACGUGGGGCACAACUGCUCGACGGGCUGCCGGUGCCACGGCCACAGCGACUGCGUCGGGCCCGAUCGCCUCGACGAGUGCAUCAGGUGCCACAACCACACGCUGGGCCCCCAGUGCGGCCGCUGCGAGCCCUUCUACGUGGGCAACCCGAGCAAGGGGGGCGCCUGCGUGCCCUGCCUGGACUACUGCAACCAGCACACCAACAUCUGCGUGGAGGCCGGCCAGCUGGACUUUAACGAGUCCUCGGCCUCCCUCUCCCCUUCCGAGUACCUGGAGUCGUUCAAACGCAUCGAGCACGGUCCCCUGGAGUCUGCCGUGUGCCGCUUCUGCCAGAACAGUACAGUGGGGCGGCAGUGCGAGGAGUGCAAAGAGGGCUUCUUCCUGGCGGCCAGGGACGUCAGCAUGGGUUGCCGGCCGUGCGAGUGCCACGGGCACGGCGACACGUGCGACCGCCGGACGGGCGAGAACUGCAACUGCAAGAACAACACGGAGAACGACCGCCAGUGCAGCCAGAAAAGUGGCAAGAACAACGCCAGUCCCUGCUGGAACCUGCAGUGCUCCAAGUGCAAGGAAAACUUCCAGGGUGUUCCGACCAAUGGCCACCAGUGCUAUCGACACAUGCGGCUCGAACAGGAGUACUGCUUCGAUCCCCACACGCAAGAGUGCAGCCCGGAGCCGACGGUGCUGCCCCAGGGGCGCACGGCCUUCUUCGUGGUGCAGCCGCGCUACAUGAACGUGGACAUCCGCAUCGUGGUGGACGUGACUUCUGGGUCGGCGGACCUGCACCUGUCGGCCAAGGAGGACGCCUUCGUGGUGGAGCUGAACCGGUCCAGCGGGGCCCACCUGGUGACGCUGGACCGGCGCUACGGGCCGGCCGAGGGCGCCUCGGGGCUGGAGCGGCGGCGGGAGCCUGCCCCGGGCCCGGCCACCUACGUGCGGGUGCGGGACCCCCGCGAGGUGCUGCUGGUGCACGGCCUGCGCCGCCGCCUGGUGGUGACGGUGCCCCAGGACGUGUACGACUUGCGCAGCACACGCCUCUACCUGGUGCUGCUGGGUGCGGAGGAGCCCGCCCGAGGCAGCCUCUUCUUUCGCCAGGACCAGACGCGCAUCGACCUGUUUGUCUUCUUCUCGGUCUUCUUCUCCUGCUUCUUCCUGUUCUUGGCUGCCUGCGUGGUGGUCUGGAAGCUCAAGAGGGCCCUGGACGUGCGCCACGCCCGGCGCCUGCACGCCGCCCAGAUGGAGCACAUGGCCCGGCGGCCGUUUGCCCGCGUCUGCGUGGCCCUGCCCGAGGAGGGGGAGCCCCCGCCCCCCCGCAGGAAGCGCAGGGCCCCCCGGGACUCCCCCAAGGGGGCCGGGGCCACCCGCCCCGUGGCCGUGGAGCCCACCGGGGACGGCGUGGCGGCCGUCACCACGCUGCUCGUUCAGCUGCCUGGCGGGCUCUCGGCCCCCGUGCGCCUCGCCCUCGGCUCCGCCCUCGUGGCCGUGCGAGGAGGCGGCGCCACUGGCGGCAUUCGCGCCGCCAUGCGACGCAGAACCGGCCACGUCAACUUGUGACGCUCUCUCGUCGUGGUAUGCAUCGUCCCAGUGCUUGCGUGCCGACUCGUUCUUCCAGACUGUCGUCGAACCGGUGGCUGCGAGAUCUUCUUUCCGUCCAAAUACGCUUCGGCGUCUGCAAGACUCUAUCGAGGACAGGUUUUGACUUCAAAUGCCUCGUGCGACAAGGGCCACUCCGACCGAGUUACGUCGUCUUCUUCCCGCUCCAUUUGCCCUCGUUCGGAGAACUUUCGCCGUGGAUUGGAGCGUCGCUCUCCGCGGAGGGAAUCGGAAGAACGCCGGCUCUUCGCGUCCCGGUUCGGUUUGUGAUUGCGAGCGUACGAGCAGCGCAAAUCUAUGUGCACCGAGACUUCCUCUUUACGAACUUUUGCAACUAUAGUUCCUAGCAAAUGAGUUUUAUUAGCCGCGUGUCGAACUUUUAUUACAAUUUUACUGACUUUAGGCACGAGCGUGCCGUUGCGUCGCUGUUGUCGAGCGACUUUUAUUUACCCCUAAGUGCCAAAAAAUCUUUGCUCCGUUUAUGCUCUGCAUGAUGUUUUAGUUUGAGAUAUUUUAGGUUAUUUUAGCGGAUAUGCCAAAAAGGCCGAGGCUGCAAGAGCCUUUUUUAGAGCCGUUUUAAGUAAAUUGCAGCUCUUUCUACCACUAAUGUAGGACCGCCUUGAGACUGGGAGAGACCAGUUUUGAUGUAGUGGUUGCGGACACUCGCUUUGUCUAAGUUGAGUUUGGUUACAGUGCUACAGGCAGAUUCUUUCUCGAGGAAAUAGCUUUGUGAGUGGAACCCUGCCACAGUCAAAAGCUGCUUUUGUGCAUCUCACGCAGUGAAUUAUCUUUGGUCGUGAUGGUCUGGAUAAUUAGUAGGCAAAAGCAAUAAGUGCAAAUAAAACAUUUUUGAAACCUUCGUAAAA